UGUUUUUUUUUUUUUUUUUUUUUGUUGGCUGUGCGAACGAGCCAACGGGCAGCAUUAAAGUUGCUCCACGGCUUGGCCGCUUAAAUAAUUUCGAGUGGCGAACGGUAGCAUAAUUAUCGGCACGCUGGAGAAACAAAAUAAACGCUCCCAGCUCAUACGCGACAAAAUGGUGUUGGCCGAGCGCAACACCGGCGACAUUGUGCGCAAUGGCCGCCGCUCACGUGGACCCAGCCCCAAUACACAUACAAGCGGCGCUGGCAGCGGUGCUGCUGGCCAUGGCCACAAUUCUGCCACCGGCAUGGCCGGCGGCGGCGGCGGUGGUGGCGGUGGCGGCGGCGGCGGAUCCGGUGGCACAAACUCCACGGGCAAUGAGAAGGCCACAGCUAACGUACCGGGUGCCGGCACACCGGAGAGCUCCGACGAUGAUAACUCGACAAAACGCAACGGCAAAUCCAAGGCAAAGCAGUCGGAAUACGAAGAGAAAAUACGCGUUGGACGCGACUAUCAGGCGGUGUGUCCACAGCUGGUGCCCGAACUGGAUCGCCGUCCGGAGCUGAUGAACGAGCGCGCCUUGUUGGUCUGGUCGCCCACCAAGGAGAUACCCGACAUGAAGCUGGAGGAAUACAUUUCGGUGGCAAAGGAGAAGUAUGGCUACAAUGGCGAACAGGCAUUGGGCAUGCUGUUCUGGCAUAAACACGAUCUGGAGCGUGCCGUCAUGGAUUUGGCAAAUUUCACACCGUUCCCGGAUGAAUGGACCAUCGAGGACAAGGUGCUAUUCGAUCAGGCAUUUCAGUUUCAUGGCAAAAGCUUCCAUCGCAUACGCCAAAUGCUGCCAGACAAAUCGAUAGCCAGUCUGGUCAAAUAUUAUUAUUCGUGGAAGAAGACGCGUCAUCGCAGCAGCGCCAUGGAUCGCCAGGAGAAAAUGAUAAAGACGGCCGUCAAGGAUGGCUCCGAGAACGGCAGCGAGGUGGGCAGCAAUGAGGAAUCCGAUAACGAUGACAAGGUAAUUAUCAGUUAG